GGCGCGCCGGGCCUCGGCACUCCAGGGCCCGCUGGCUCCGGCUCCCGGCGGUGCCAUCUCGCUGCUUUCCCUUUCUACCACUCGCCUCGGACUCGCAGCCUCCGAACUGGGCCGAGCGGGCGUGGUGCAGAGGCGGCUGAGUGGCUCCUGGAUUUGGGCGCGGCAGAGCUAGGUGGUGUGCGCCCCGGUGGCUGGAGAUGAGGCGGCCCCUGGCGCUGCGGGCGGCCCCCGGAGACUACACACCCAGGACGUAGAGCCUCACUCAUGAAGGGGGCUUGUCUGGAAGAGGGGAGCAGCCGACACACCUGUUUCCGAGGACCCAGACCGGCUGUGCUGUAAGCCUCGCCUCGCAUGGAGUUAGUAAGACACGUUUUCAGGUGGAUCAAGCCCUUGGCCACAAACCCCUGGUCACUCAUCCUUCUUGUCUUUUCUAUGCAACAUGUAUAUGGGAGCGGAAAGAAGUUCCCUGGACCUUGUGGAGGAAGAGAUUGCUCUGCCUGCCAGUGCGUCCCUGAGAAGGGGUCUCGGGGACAACCAGGACCACCAGGGCCCCAGGGUCCUAUUGGACCGCCGGGACCUCCAGGACCCCUUGGGAUUCCAGGAGAGAAAGGGAUGAGAGGGGACAGUGGACAUCCAGGAGCAGCAGGUGAAAGAGGAGAUAAGGGUCCAACUGGUGUUCCUGGAUUUUCAGGUUUGGAUGGUCUGCCUGGACACCCGGGGCCUCCUGGACACAGAGGCAAACCUGGUCAGGAUGGCUACAAUGGAUCAAGAGGCGAUCCAGGGUUUCCAGGGGCAGGAGGGGCUCCUGGUCCCAAAGGCCCUCCAGGCCUUCCGGGGGAAAUUGGAGAAAAAGGAAAUUCUGCGUUCAUUUUUGGUGCCAUCAAAGGUAUGCAGGGUGACAGAGGGGACCCAGGACCUCCCGGCUUACCAGGAUCAAGAGGUGCUAGAGGACCCGCGGGCCCCGUGGGCGACCCAGGAGAGCCGGGGUUACCAGGGCCUCCGGGCCAUCCUGGGAGUCCAGGUGUGAAGGGUAAUCCUGGCAUGGGAGUGAAGGGGCAAAUGGGAGACCCGGGUGAGGUUGGCCAACAAGGUUCUCCUGGACCGACCCUACUGGUACAGCCGCCGGAUUCUAGUCUUUAUAAAGGAGAGAAGGGUGUAAAAGGAAUGCCGGGAGUGGCGGGACCUCCGGGACCUCCAGGGCCCAAGGGAGAACCUGGUGUGGGGGAAAAAGGAGAAAAGGGCGUUCCUGGCUUCCCAGGCCCUCGGGGUGAGCCCGGCUCCUAUGGAUCCCCAGGUUUUCCAGGCUUAAAGGGGGAAAAAGGAUAUCCUGGAAGCCCUGGGCUGCCUGGACUUCCGGGCCCAAAGGGGGAUACUGGAGAUCGUGGGCCCCUAGGACCACCAGGGACUUUGAUGACUCCACCUCCUCCAUUCAAAGGCCCUCCGGGAGAUCCAGGCCUCCCUGGCCACUGUGGAGAAAUGGGGGCUGUGGGGCCCCCUGGUCCCCCCGGCCCCCCAGGUCUACCAGGGGAAGCCUGUCCAGGCACAACGGGACCCCCAGGGCCGCCAGGGUCUCCCGGUCACCCCGGAGUCCCAGGGGCGGCAGGGGCUCCUGGGAGGCCGGAUUUGGCUCCGGGGAGACCAGGGCCCCCGGGGCCCCCCGGGCUGCCUGGAGCACCGGGACGUCAGGGGCCUCCAGGAUCGGAUGUUAUAUAUUGUAGUGUUGGGCAUCCUGGACCACAAGGAGUAAAAGGCAAAAUGGGUCCUCCCGGAAGAAGCGGCUCAAAAGGAGAAAAAGGACACGCGGGGCCCUGCGCCUGCAAGCCCGGCCCCGUGGGCUCACCAGGCCUUCCCGGACUUCCUGGGAAGCAGGGUAGUAAAGGAGACUUGGGGCCCCGCGGGUGGCCUGGAGAAAAAGGUCACCCGGGCCCCCCUGGUGCCAAAGGAUCUCCAGGGCCACCAGGAACACCUGGAGCCCCAGGACCGCCUGGCAACCAAGGAGAAAAGGGAGAUGGGGUUGUAGCGAGAGUCAAAGGGCACAAAGGCGAAAGAGGUCCUGAAGGGCUCCCAGGACUUCCAGGGCAGCAGGGACAACAUGGUUGGGAUGGACAACCUGGCGCACCAGGGGACCCAGGCCCCCCAGGGGAUCAUGAGGACGCGGCCCCAGGUGACCGAGGGUUUCCUGGACAGCCAGGUCCCCCUGGAAGAGAAGGACCGAAGGGACCUCCAGGACUGGGAUUUCCUGGCCCACCGGGAGAAAGGGGGCAGCCAGGAGCCCCAGGCCGCCCGGGUGAGAGGGGCCCUGAUGGCCCGAAGGGUCAGAAAGGUGAUACAAUUUCUUAUAAUGUCAGCUAUCCUGGGAAGCAAGGCCCUCCGGGUGCUGAUGGACCUCCAGGUCCCAGAGGAUUUCCAGGUCCUCAGGGUGCUCCUGGGCUGAGGGGUUUUGAUGGGCAAAAAGGUUGGCCUGGCAAACCGGGACUAUCAAAGAUACCUGGUCCACCUGGUGUCCGUGGUGUCAUGGGAGAUCCAGGUCUGGAAGGAGACAAGGGCUCCUCUCCUGCCGGGCCCCCAGGCCCUCCUGGUUUACCUGGACCGGAUGGUCAGAAAGGAAUCCCUGGAGACCCUGCUUAUGGCCUCCCAGGACCCCCGGGAAAGAGGGGUCCUUCAGGAAUGCCAGGGUUGAAAGGCCUCAGGGGUGACCCAGGACAUCCCGGGCCUGCAGGGCCAGCUGGCGUGCCCGGAACCCCAGGUCUCAAAGGCCCUAAAGGCAAAGAGGGAAGCGCCGGGUUUCCAGGUAUCCCAGGUGCACCGGGCCAUUCCUGUGAAAGAGGUGCUCCCGGGAGACCAGGGUCACCGGGUCUCCCUGGGGCUCCAGGCAGUCCAGGUGCCCCGGGCGGGAAAGGACAGCAAGGAGACGCGGGGCCUCCUGGGCCAGCUGGAAUGAAGGGCCUCCCAGGAGUCCCAGGAAGGCCAGGGGUAGAUGGACCCCCAGGGCCCCCAGGAAUCCCAGGCCCCUUUGGGGACGAUGGACUACCUGGUCAUCCAGGCCCCAAGGGCCCCCAAGGGCUGCCUGGCUUGCCAGGUUUCCCUGGAGAGAGAGGAAAGCCUGGCCCCGAGGGACACCGUGGCAGAAAGGGGGACGCCGGAGAGAAGGGUUGGCCUGGCUUGGAGGGAGACCAGGGAGUGAGAGGCGCCAAAGGAGACACAGGAUCCCCAGGAGAUGAAGGAGAAAUGGCUAUAAUUUCCACAAAGGGGAGCACCGGGGAAACUGGACCUCCUGGAGAUGAUGGGCCCCCAGGAGAAGGAGGUGAUAAAGGCUAUCCUGGGAUGCCGGGGAGAAAAGGAGAUCCGGGAAGACCCGGGCCACCUGGAUUUCACAGAGGAGAGCCUGGUGAAAAUGGGUGGCCAGGGCUUCCUGGACCCCCAGGCGCUCCAGGCUUCCCCGGGCUGAGAGGGAUCGUUGGCUUUCCUGGAUUUCCAGGUGAUCAGGGUGAGCCGGGUUUUCCAGGGCCCCCUGGACCUUCCGGAAUUGAUGGAAUGAGAGGACCCAAAGGAAACAAAGGGGAUCCUGCAAGUCAGUUCGGGCCACCUGGUCCAAAGGGUGAGCCCGGCAGUCCCGGAUGUCCAGGGCCUUUGGGAGCACCCGGAGAGAAGGGCUUGCCUGGAGCCAAGGGGCCCAGAGAACCACCAGGAAGGCCGGGACUGCCAGCCUUCCCCGGACCGCAGGGGUGCCCAGGUUACCCAGGGAGGCCUGGGCCAAUGGGACCUCCAGGAGAAAUCGGGGAUCCUGGACCAAGAGGCCUCAUCGGGGAUCCUGGGCCACCAGGUCUUCCGGGGAUGAAAGGUUCCUCCGGGCUACCUGGCCUGAAUGGCUUGCAUGGUUUAAAGGGUCAGAAAGGAACCAAAGGAGCUUCAGGUUUGCAUGAAAUGGGCCCACCCGGUCCAAUGGGGAUGCCUGGGCUGAAAGGGGAGAGAGGAGACCCCGGCAGUCCAGGAAUUUCUCCUCCAGGCCUUUUUGGAGAAAAAGGCCCCCCAGGCCCUCCAGGGAGGCCCGGGCCACCUGGGCCUGCAGGUGCCCCAGGAAGAGCUCCCACGGGUGACAUUCCUGACCCGGGUCCACCUGGAGAUCAAGGACUUCCUGGCCCUGAUGGUCCACAAGGACCACCGGGGCCUCCGGGGCCCCCUGGGACUGUUGACCUUGUGCCAGGGGAACCAGGCGACUGUGGGCUGCCAGGACCCCCAGGCCCCCCAGGCCCAGCAGGCCCUCCAGGAUGCAAAGGCUACCCAGGAUGUGACGGGCAAGAUGGAUGGAAAGGACCAAUGGGAUUCCCGGGGCCACAGGGGCCACACGGACUUCCUGGGUCACCUGGAGAGAAGGGUUUACCUGGCCCUCCAGGCAGACAAGGGCCCCCCGGGCCUCCAGGUGAACCGGGGCCACCUGCAGAUCUGGAUGCCUGCCCCCGAGUCCCGGGGCUCCCUGGGGUGCCAGGCCCAAGAGGACCAGAAGGAGCCAUGGGGCCCCCCGGCAUGAGAGGCCCCCCAAGAGCAGGGUGCAAAGGAGAGCCCGGGCCGGAUGGCAGGAGGGGCGAGGAUGGCAUCCCAGGGCCCCCCGGGCCUCCGGGACACAAAGGCGACGUGGGAGAAGCCGGCCUCCCUGGAGCACCGGGCCCUCCUGGGCCCACUGGGAAUCCCGGGCCCAAGGGGUUCAGCCCUGGGUACCUCAGUGGCUUCCUCCUGGUCCUCCACAGUCAGACGGAUGGAGAGCCCACCUGCCCCGUGGGCAUGCCCAGGCUCUGGACGGGCUACAGCCUGCUGUACCUGGAAGGACAGGAGAGAGCUCACAACCAAGACCUUGGUCUGGCCGGGUCCUGCCUGCCCCUGUUCAGCACGCUGCCCUUCGCCUACUGCAACAUCCACCAGGUGUGCCACUACGCCCGCAGAAAUGACCGGUCCUACUGGCUGGCCAGCGCCGCGCCGCUGCCCACAAGGCCGCUGUCGGAGGAGGACAUCCGCCCGUACAUCAGCCGCUGCGCCGUGUGCGAGGCCCCGGCGCAGGCCGUGGCGCUGCACAGCCAGAACCAGUCCAUCCCCCCGUGCCCGCGGGCCUGGCGCAGCCUCUGGAUCGGGUACUCCUUCCUGAUGCACACGGGAGCUGGGGACCAAGGAGGAGGCCAGGCUCUCACGUCGCCGGGCAGCUGCCUAGAAGACUUCAGAGCAGCUCCAUUCCUAGAAUGCCAAGGCCGGCAGGGGACUUGCCACUUUUUCGCCAAUAAGUACAGCUUCUGGCUGACGGUGGUCCAGCCACACUUGCAGUUUGCUGAGGCACCGUCACCGGACACCUUGAAAGACAGUCAGGCCCAGCGGCAGAAAAUCAGCAGGUGCCAGGUCUGUGUGAAGGUGAGCUAGAGAACCUGAGACUCCGCCGUGAGGCCAAGAGGACCUUCAGGGGGACGCGGUCAUCCAGCUGUGCUGGGAGACGCAAUGGUGCUCGUUUCAGACACCCGCGGUGGCGGUCCAUGCUGUCUCGUGGUGUGAUUCCCAUGGUACUGUACUUCCCUGCUCUGUGCUGGACAGAUUAAGCAAACGCUGCCCGUAUGGAUGUGGUUGGACUCUCCAACCUAGAAGAAACCCAGAUACCCUUAUUUUACCAAGGGGGGGGUAGAAGAGCUGGCUUUCUUUAUAUGUAUAAAAAGGCUAAUUCACAGGAAGGCAAAUAGACGGCAGAUCACAAAUUACAUUUACUGAAAACUCCAUGCAUUGGUUAAUAGCGCCUCAAACAACUGAAGUCAAUUACCCUGUGAUCCAGGGGGCUUCUGGAUGCAUUUUACAGGAGAAAAUAAAUAGGCCAACAAAUGAAACUGGAAAGGAGAGAUCUCCAACAUCUCAAAAUGAUUUCCUCUGUAACCUAUUUUUUUUUCAUGCACUUUAAAUAAUUGUAAAACCAUGACCCAAGGAGAUUUAAAAAGAAAAAAAAAACCCCAACAAACCCGCACAGCCAGCGUUAACAGUUCGUUUCAAAGCAGAAUGCACCGCUGUGCCAGAAAGGACCACAGUCGCUGUACCCAGAGAUGUGACAUUAGCAUAAAUGCAUUACCGAUGCACGCACCACAUUAUGCUCUCUCCUGCGCUUUUCAGAGAAUAGACAUGCCUACUCUGCCAACCCUUUUGAAAAGUAGCAAUUAUGGAAAAAAUAUAUUCAAUAAGGGAUUAAGAGCCUAAAAGCUAUUAAUGAAUAUUAAGACCGUGAUUCACAAAAAUUGACUUCCCAUGGCAGUGCACUUCCCAGCGGACGGCGUUUCCCCAGCCGGAGUCCCGCCUGUCCUUGGUGUGUGUGUGUGUGUGUGUGCUAAUGGGCCUGCGGCCACAUGGGGCUCCCUCAUGUGGCUCACAAAAGCGUCUGGCUCUCCCCAGCUGCCCCUGCGGAGCUGGCUCACAGCCCACAGUGGACACUCUGCCUCCUGUGCAUAAUAGCCGCUCCCAUGGGGAAGUGACAGGGCCAUCAUUAUGCACUUGGGAGAAAAUUAAGGGCUGACUUAAUUAAACUUAGGUAAGAAGAUUCAUUGAAGUUUCAGUCACCCUCCCAGGAAGACAUGGCGCUAUCUCUAAAUGGAACACGGACAACCUACCAUUUGAAUUUUAUGUUCCAGUUACUGAUUUUCACAAGAGCCUCCUAUUUUUCCAGUUUAAAAAAAAACAUCCUUUUAUUUUCUGUCAGUAUUAUACACCAAGGAAGCAGUGUGACAUUUGGUAUUAGUAUUUCCCAUAAAAGUUUAGAAGUUAUGUCAAUGUAUAAUGAGUAGUGUUCUGAAUAGCAAAGAAUAUGUUUUCUGUUUUGUUGCGGUCUCAGUGGUCUAAUCCUAACUAUCAAAAGGCUGGUUGAGGACUUCCACCAAGAUGGAGGCGUAGGUGGAAACACUUUGCUUCCUCGCACAACCAAAUCUAAAAACAACAAAGUUUUAACAACAAUAAACGCAACCAAACCACAGAAAAUUGAACACUACGGAGUCCGAAAACAAUGAACCACUCAGCUAAACCUGUGAGAGGGGCGAAGCCAGCAGCAGAGCAGGUCGGGCAAAAACGAUUCCCCGAACCGAGCAGUGCACUGAGCGGUGCACAAGCGACCAAGAAAUAGCCAAACUUUCAGAUGCACAGUUCAAAACACUGGUGAUCAGGAUGCUCACAGAACUGGUUGAUUUUAGUCACAAAUUAGAGGAACAUAUGAAGGCUAAACUAAUUGAAAUAAAUGGAAAUGUACAGGAAACCAAUAAUGAUGGAAAGGAAACUGGGACUCAAAUCAAGGGAGCAGACCAGAAGGAAGGAAAAAAUGACCAAACAAAAAAAUAUGAAGAAACAAGAAUUCAAAAAAAUGAGGAGAGGCUUAGGAACCUCCAGGACAUCUUUAAACAUUCCAACAUCCGAAUUAUAGGGGUACCAGAAGGGAAAGAGGAACAGUCACGAGUGGAAACCUUACUUGAACAAAUAAUAAAAGAGAACUUCCCCAUUCUGGCAGAGGAAAUAGACUUCCAGGAAAUCCAGGAAGCUCAGAGAGUCCCAAAGAAGUUGGACCCAAGAAGGAAUACACCAAGGCACAUCAUAAUUACAUUAGCCAAGAUUAAAAUGAAGGAGAGAACCCUAGAAGCAGCAAGAGAGAAGGGGACAGUCACCUACAAAGGAGUUCCCAUCAGACUGUCAGUGGAUUUCUCAAAAGAGACCUUACAGGCAAGAAGGGACGGGAAAGAGGUAUUCCAAGUCAUGAAAUCCAAAGACCUACAACCAAGAUUACUCUAUCCAGCAAAGCUUUUAUUUAAAAUAGAAGGACAGUUAAAGUGCUUCUCAGAUAAGAUCAAAUUCAAGGAGUUCAUCAUCACCAAGCCCUUAUUACAUGAAAUGUUAAAGGGACUUACCUAAGAAAAAGAAGAUUAAAAAAAUGAACAGUGAAAGGACAGAAAACUCACAGUUAUUAACAACCUCACCUAAAACAAAAGCAAAUUAAGAGGACAACUAGAUCAGGAAUGAACCAUAGAAAUGAAGAUCACAUGGAGGGUUAGCAACAGGGGAGUGAGAGAAGGAGAAGGGGGGAGAAGGUACAGAGAAUAAGUAGCAUAGACCGUAGAUAGAAAAUAGAUAGGGGGGAGGGUAAGAAUAGUAGGGGAAAUAUAGAAUCUAAAGAACUGGAGACACGU